CAUCUUUGUUGAUGUGUCAGCGCGCCGGGCCGGGGCGGCCGGCGGGGAACGGCACCGGAGCGCCGUGUGCCGCCAUGGCGGGGCUGUUGUUCACCCUGCCGGCCGCGUAGCGAGCGGAUGUAACAUAUCAAUGAACAGGCUUCUUGAUGAUUGGAGAGCUGUUGGAAAGCCAGAGUAAUGAAAUAAACAGUUUCUGGUAUCUGUUUAGACCAGCUCCAGCUUCAGGUAUCUUCAUAAGAAGCUCUCCAAAGGACAGGCAUUAUCCCUUCUGGUUAUUGACACUGCAUGCUAAAGCUGAACUGCGUAGUUUGGAAACCAGAACCAAUACGGAAGAUUUCUGAAGGAAGAUUAUGGAGGAACAUUUACCGGAAAUGCAAAGCACACUGGAGUCAGUCAGUCUGUCGGAUGAUGCCUCUUUCAAGACCCCAGAUAAUGAGAAGUGUGAUAAAACAUCUGGAAUGGAGGACUGCUCAAGCAUCAGUUAUACUGGAGAUGUUGCUAGUGUCUUGGAAAGGGAAUCGAAUUUGCCCUCAGAUCAGGAUUCAGCGGCUGUUGGCAUAAGCAGCAACGGGGACCCAACAGAAGGAGAGCAGCAGAGUGGAGGGACAGACUGCUGUGCCAAUACCUGCUGUGAAAGAAAGGUAGAAGGCUCCACGAAAACAGAACAUUUACCUACUGAAGAACUUGAACAACACAAUCCAAAAAUUAACCAGACUGAACAAUCAUUAAUGGAAAUAUUACAGAAUCUAAGGGAGGAGUCUGACUUCGUGAAAAAAUCAAGCGAUAAAAUCUAUUUAGAAAGCCCUUUCGACACAGACUGCACAAAGAAGCUUAUUUCCACAAUACAUCAGACUUCCUCACAGGAGGAUUUGCUAAAGGAAAUAGAAUCUGAACUCUUAUCCACGGAUUUUUCAAAGGAGCGAAAACUCCCAAACGGUGUGCAGAAGGGUGAACAUGCCUUGGCUGUGUUUGAAAAAUGUGUGCAAGACAAAUACCUGCAGCAAGAACAAACUAUAAAAAAAUUGAUUAAAGAAAAUAAAAAACAUCAGGAACUGAUUUUGGAAAUUUGCUCAGAAAAGGACAACUUAAAAGAUGAGCUGAAAAAACGAACAGAAACAGAAAAGCAGCACCUCGGCAUUAUUAAGCAGCUGGAAGCAAGAAUAGAAGAGCUUAAUAAAGAAGUGAAAGCUAGUAAAGACAAACUUGUAACUCAGGAUGCAGCAGCCAAAAAUACUAUUCAACAGUUGCAUAAGGAGAUGGCCUUUCGAAUGGAACAGGCAAACAAGAAAUGUGAGGAAGCACGCCAUGAGAAGGAAACAAUGGUGAUGAAAUACGUCCGAGGGGAGAAGGAGUCACUUGACCUCCGGAAAGAAAAGGAGAUCCUUGAGAGAAAAGUGAGAGAUGCAAACAAAGAAAUAGAAAAGCAUACUAAUAAAAUCAAACAACUUUCUCAGGAAAAAGGAAGGUUGCACCAGCUCUAUGAAACUAAGGAUGGUGAAGCCACUCGACUCAACAGAGAAAUAGAAAAGUUGAAAGAAGAAAUCAAUUCUCAUGUUAUCAAAGUAAAAUGGGCUCAGAACAAAUUGAAAACAGAAAUGGAUUCACACAAGGAAACAAAAGAACGUCUUAAAGAUGCAAUGACAAAAUUAACAGAAGCAAAAGAAGAAGCAGAUCAGAUAAGGAUAAACUGUCAAGAAAUGAUAAAAUCCUAUCAAGAAUCAGAAGAAAUUAAAUCAAAUGAAUUGGAUGGAAAACUCCGAGUAACUAAAGGAGAACUCGAGAAACAAAUUCAGGAGAAGUCUGAUCACCUGGAGGUGCAUCAUGCCAAAAUAAAGGAACUGGAAGACCUGAAGAGAACGUUUAAGGAAGGCAUGGAUGAGCUUCGGACACUGAGAACAAAGGUAAAGUGUCUAGAGGAUGAGCGUUUAAGAACAGAAGAUGAAUUAUCCAAGUAUAAAGAAAUAAUAAAUAGACAGAAAACUGAAAUUCAGAAUUUACUGGACAGAGUCAAAACUGUAGAUCACCUACAGGAUCAACAUCAGAGAGAUGAACAAGAAAUCAAUGCUUUAAAGGAAGAAAUAGAUGGUUUCAAUUCUCUGGUUGCUGAUCUCCAGAAGGACAUUGAAGGUAGUCGGAAAAGAGAAUCUGAGCUAUUGAUAUUCACUGAAAAAUUAACCAGUAAGAAUGCACAGCUUCAGUCUGAAAACAAUUCCUUGCAGAGCCAGUUGGAUAAGCUUUCUUACAGCGAAAGAGAGCUGCAGAAUCAGCUGGAAUGUGUUCAACAGACUAAAGAUGAACUGGCCACCAAGUUACAGAAGGAGGAAGAUCAACGGAAGCUGGAGGUUGAGACGCUGCAGACCCAGGUGGCAUCAGAGCAGGAGGAACGAGCGGCACUGAAGACCCAGGUGGAUGAGCUCAAGGAUGACCUGGCUACCCAGAAGCGCAAGCACGCAGCAAACCUGAAAGACCUCACAAAACAACUUCAGCUAGCGCGGAGGAAAUUGGAUCAGAUUGAAAAUGGUAAUUAUGACAAAGAAGUCAGCAGCAUGGGGAGCCGUUCCAGUUCAUCAGGGUCCCUUAACGCGCGCAGCAGCAAUGAGGAUCGGUCACCUGAGAAUACUGGAUCUUCAGUAGCUGUGGAUAGCUUCCCAGAGGUGGACAAGUCUGUCCUGGUUGAAAGAAUACUGAGACUACAGAAGGCACAUGCUCGAAAAAAUGAGAAGAUGGAGUUUAUGGAGGAUCACAUUAAACAACUGGUGGAGGAAAUCAGGAAAAAAACAAAAAUUAUUCAGAGUUACAUUUUGCGGGAAGAAGCUGGAACACUGUCAUCAGAGGCCUCUGACUUCAACAAAGUACACCUGAGUAGACGGGGUGGGAUUAUGGCAUCUCUAUACACAUCUCAUCCUGCAGAUAGUGGUCUCACAUUGGAACUCUCCUUAGAGAUAAACAGGAAGCUACAGGCUGUGUUAGAGGAUACAUUACUGAAAAACAUUACAUUGAAAGAAAACCUUCAAACUCUAGGAACAGAAAUAGAACGGCUUAUUAAACACAAGCAUGAACUGGAACAGAGAAUAAAGCAAACAUAACUAAAACUUCUAUGGACUAACCAACAUGAAGAUGCAGAAAAGGCAGGUGCUACAGACCACUGUUUUUUACACUUUGCCUGCCAGCACAAGCAUCUGGUAUUUUGCAAAAAAAGCCUUUGACCACAGAGGCUUAGUUGUGUGAGAGAUCGACAGGGUUUGGCAUCACUGUGGUUCUGUCAACCCAGUUCCAGCCUGAGGAGCUGCUGAAUUUCACUACACACUACAUUUAUCUAGGACUUUUAUUUGAAAGGACAUACAGAUGCUUUGCAGUGCAUACUACGUUUUGAGUGAGUUGCUGUAAGAUUUUAAUUUCUUCACUGUGUAAUUAAUCAGUCUCUUAACGAUGGAGCUUGAAAAAAAUAAAGCCAAUUAUGUCUUAGUUGCUUUUGAACAUAUCCAGUGUUACUGAGCUUUAAGGGCUUUCAGACAUUAUUUCCUUUCUUGCAUAUUAUUUCUGAUCCUUAGGUUGAUUAAGCAUUUUUGACAUAUGCAUGGAAAAGUGCUCUGUCACAAAAUUUUGGGAUUUAAGUGGUGGCCACGAUAUUGCAUAUUUUCUGCUUUAGAUUAACAUUCAACUGCUCGGUUUCUUUAUUCAAAUGAAGUGAAACAACAGUAAAACUAAGGGAUUAAGAAGCUUUCUGAUUUAGGUCUUGAGUACAUGUAAUUGAAACCAAUGUCAGUUCAACAAAUCUUUUAAACCCUUGAUCUUUAGGCAUAUGGAUCUAAAGAAGUCUGAUAUCAAGUAAUUGGUUAAUAAAGAUUUCUGAGCUUCUGUGUAAGUAACAGCAUUUAAGAAGUAGGAGUGUUAGUUGCCCAUUGUUCCGUAAGUACACGUAGACGUGGUGAUUGCAUCUGUUUCAAAGACAAAUGGAAGCUAACUAACUUUUCUUAUUACCUGUGGCUAGACCAGUCAAUGAGAGUAGUGGUAAAAAAUAAGAAAUAUAUUUAAAUGGUAUUUUAAUCUAUUGUUAGACUGUGAAAGUGGCACAGAAAUCUGUGCAACUCCUUGAUUUUACUGUUGUAAAGAAUUAGUUGGUCAAAAUGGCACAAACUGAGGGCUGUUAUUUAGUCCUUCAGCGUCUGAGAGGGUUAUGGAGGAAGAGUAUCAAGGUGACAAAAUUUGGGUUAGUCACAACAUCAUGUUCACAUUUUAAUUCCAGGAUAAAUAAUAUACAGGAUCUGAAAUAUCUCUAUUGCAGCAGUAAAUCCAUAGUUUCUGUAUCUAUUACCUUUUGACCAAAAUAAAUAGAUCAGAUUACAGUGUAAAUAUAUAUAUCAGGUUUUUAUUAAAUACUUGAACUUCCUAUUGACAUGAAAACAGAGUCCCUGUACAUUUACAAUAGCAGUGCUUUAGCUAUUUUAAUCAGAAGGGGGGGGGGGUUGUAAGAAUCUGUCUUACUGCAGGCACCUUUUGCAUCCUACACAUAUGAAUGACGUAGGGGUGUGUACUCCAUUUUCAGGUGCCACUGAGUUGCUUGAGCUUUGUAAUGAAACACACAGAGCAAAAGGGCCUGAUUUGGUUUGAAUAGUUUGGUUCAAGACAAUGAGAUUUCCUUAUUACUUUAAAAAUAGGCGUCUCUGAAAGUCCUUGCGGGAUCAAGACCUGGUUUGUGGUCCAGAGGACUUCAAGAGCCUGGGAUGACAGGUCCUUUCAGUGUCAAAGGAUCAAGUAUCUCUUUAGAAAGGGAGAGUGGGAACAAAUUGUUUAAAACCUGACCGAGCAUUAUGUAGAAAUUGCAAGCCUUUAAUCUGGGUGGGUUUUUAUACAUCUAUUUUUCUAAUUCCUGAGAGCAAUGGUUAUCUGAAGUGUUAGGGAACUUGGACCAGUCCAGUCAUGGGACUACCUCUGCUUUACUGUUGUUUAAGUGAUGUAAAAAGGAAAAUACCUGGCUCUGCUGGAGCAGAUUUGUCACCAGCUUCCAGGAAGUGAACAGACAGUUGUUUGUGACUGAGCUAGAUCUUCUGCUGAGAGAAAGUAUUUUAGAACAAUUUGCAUGCUAAAACAUAGCUUAGCUCUUGUAUGUUUGUGUUUUCAUGCUUUAAUGUACCAGAUCUCCAGAUAUUUUCAGGCGUUCAGCUGAAUGACUCCAGUAUUUUAGAUACCAUGUUAAUAUUGUAAUCAUUUAAUGUAUGUUCUCCAGGUGUACAGUGUGAAUGAAGGAGAGGUGUGGUGCAGAUGGAAUCAGUGCAAUGAUGUGGAAAUUCUUAUUUCUUUUUGGCAUGGUUGUUUCUCCUUUUAAGUUAUUUGAGAAACCCAGUUAGCUGUCCUCCUGCCCUGCUGGCAAUGCUGCUUACUCUUUGUAGCACUAGUAACUUUUCAGACUUUUUUUUUUUCCUUGGUCAUGGAGACACACAAAGCAGACAAAAUAUCACAUUGUUUAUUGUGCACGGUACUUUCAUGGACCAAAGUUGUCAUCCACAGGUGUUACUGGAAACACAUCUGUUAGAGAUGGAAAUGUCAUUCUAGCUUGCACAGUGGCAAAUGACUCUCUAGUUAGCCCAGAAUGUGAUAAAUACCUGAUGGGGUCAGCCAGCAACUUUACUUGAUGAUGUUCCUCAUUUCUGAGAGGCAGUGAUGUAUUAGCCAUAAAAUGUUGCUGGCAGGCCAGGUGCUGUGGUUUCCAUGGGAUUACUUGUCAGGAGGAUGAUACUGUUGGUGCACUUAAAGAGAAUACUUUCUGUGGAAAAAUGUGUUCCUUUGGGGUGGUUCACACAGGUGAACACCAGCUGGUGCAGAGUGGCUGCAAGACUUGCUUGCAAUCACAUUCCACUUAUCUUUGUUUUGGAAACUUUACAUUAUGAACCUGAGACUGAAAACUGUCCUCCGAUAAACUGAAUUUUAGAGAUAAACUGAUUAUGAAGGCAGCCUGGAGCAUUUAGGUACCUACCUGUCACUGAAAUUCAGUGUCCAUUAGAUGUGUAAUUGCCACAGGCUGCUGUUGAAAAUUCCAAGCUUGAAGCUAGUUGUGUCUUACAGGCUUAAACAUCUGUUUCUUAAAUACUCAGGGUGCUCUUUUAAUUCGAACAUCACACAUACAGAUGUUGUUAGAGACCCUACAAGAAAGCUGCCUAUGCUUUUCUACCCUCUGUAAAAUUCAGAGCUUUCAUUUUCUGAAUGAAGCCAGACCCUCUGACCUGAGGAAUACCAUUUUAUGCUAUAGAAAUCACUGGCUUUCUGCCAUGUAGACUUGUGCAAUAUUUUUAAUUAUAGUGUCCAGAAAAAUGGAGAUUGAUUUCUUCCUUGGAUAUUUUCUCGUUAUCUUCACUUGUUGCUGGCAACACCUGCAGUAUCUCUCAUGGAAUAUUUUUCAUUACAAUGGUUUGGUUCAUAACUAAAAAAAAAAAAAAAAAAAGAAACUGUAUCUCUGGCUUCCAGUGCAUCAGGUGUCUGAAUCUAGGAGAGGCUCAGAGAACAAGGCCUGCCAGAAAAGGAUCUUCACCCUUCCUGCUGUCAGCAGGAAGCACUGUGACUGCAUACCAGCAGUAGGUGGCACAAGGAAUCAGGUGUAUCGUGUCCCACCUGUCCAUGGGCAGAUGGCUGCAGUGCAGGGGGAGCUGGGUGGUAUUUAGAGCUUUUCCAAGAUGGAUGGGCGUUUCCUUCCCGUUUUCGUGUCCUAACUGAAACUAUGUUGAAUCUUCCAAUAUAUGUGUGAGUCAUCCGAAUAGACACAGAAUGUCUAUUGGUUUAAUUUUGUAGAUACCUGUUUCUGUAUAAAGUUUUUGAAGAUAUUGCUAUACCUUAUGUAUAUACUGUACUUUGAAAUAAUAAACAUACAAAUGUAUGAAA